CUUUAGUGACAGACGACAACCCCCGCCAAAAGCAAUCAGCUCCUGUGGUGAAGGAAGUACCUUGCGAUUGAGCCGCUUCAUCACCAAAACCCUCGACCGACAAGGAGACGAUUUGCGCCCGGUAUUGGAAACGUCCUCUCAUUCAAACUCGCAAUAUGACCUGGAUUUCACGCUCCAUCACGGCCAUUGGCCUUUUGCUGCUCGGUCACGCCUGCUACUCGGCACAAGAGCAUUCCGCGUUGCAAUCCUUCCGGGCUGCGUCGCCCUUGGCGACGUCCACGCCAGCGGUCAACACCUCCCUACCGGCGGAUAUCACCAUCGAGACGGCUGUGGCGACAGUGGUCAUCAUUAUCGGCCUCGUACUAGGUGCCCCAAACCUCCGACCGAUUCAGUGGCGCGUAUGGGCUGGCAAGAUUGAGAGGGAGGGCGAGGCAGGAUUCUUGACGGGCAGUGGUGAGGUUGAGAAGGACUAUGUUGGCAAUCCUUUCCGCAUUCUCGAGAGUCGACCAGGCUUUGCCGAUGUUCGGAAACAGAGACGCGACUUCACCAACUGGAUCAAGGCCGGUAAGAAGACUGGGAGUUCGGCUGCCUCACACUGAAAACGAGACGGCGACCACCUGUGGACGGAGAUGCAACG